ACAAGAAACAGCAAGAGUAAUUGAGGUUUGGAGCUAAUCUCCUGCCACCGCCAGCACCAACAGCUGUGAAGUCACAGCAUAUGCAAUCAUGGAUGCACCCACAUCGCCAACAACCUCGACCAGUGCACCUUCUUCGCCAGCCUCGUCAUCUGCAGGGGGACCAGGAGCAGGACUCGCGGGAGGAGCAAGCAGCAGCGCGGAUUCUGCAUCGGCUGGAGGUGCUACUCCUGAACACACACCUCCUCGUCGACGCCUUGUGAAAGCUGCAUCACGACACUUCGACGACCAGCAGCCGCCUAGGGUUAGUGCAAAACGGGAAUCAGGUGGAAUCGGUACAGGACCACCAGGAUUUGCUUUUGAACGUUCCGGGUCCCCAUCACCAGUGUCAACUGGAAUUGGUGGAGGCCCGGCCAGUUCUUCAUUGGGGGCCUCAUCAGCAUCCCCCAGCAUUAGCGGCUCAUUCAGAGAUAGAGAGAGAACCGGAAUUAGAUCCUCAUUGAAAGGUGAUUUGCAAGGCGAGUAUUCCAUGAAUUCUCCCCAUGGACCUGCUGGAAGCUCCGGUCCGAGUAAAGUGGGAAGAACACCUUUUGCAGCAAAUCCAGGCGUAACUGAUGCUCGACCUCUUGGACGGCGCCCAGAGGUAAAUUUACGAAGACAACAUGAAGCACCAAAUGCCCAAAAGCAUGCAGAGGAUAUGCGCAUUCAACAAGCCAAGCGAGCAGCCCUAGUUCGGGCUCAAACAAUGGGUGCACCAGGAAAUUAUCGAAGCUUUGAUUCACAAUUUGGCAACUAUUUAGUUCCUGUUAUACCUAAUCAGUUUUUCAAUAAGAAUCCACCCACAUCGCAGGCAUCACCAGCUCUGCCAUCUCAAGUGAAUCAAAGCAGAUAAGUUCUUCCGUGGACCGUGAGGUUGUCUGUACGCGUAAUGAUCGCUCACGGGCAGAAUGAAGGUUCUUUUUGUAGUCAGAAGCUAUUGCCACAGUAUCAUUACAUCUUGAAUGGACUUGCUCAAGAGUACUGGACCACGCGUCCAACCAGAGUGUCUACCAGAGUGUCUGAAGACAAAUUCAAGACGAUAUACGCGAGACGUACGAGAAGUACGCUUCCCUUCAUCAACCCGACGAGGGCUGCGUCUGGAAUAUCCCGAAAUAUACCGGAUUGAAAAUCGUCUGGUUCAGAGGCAAAAGAAGUGUUUUCCUCGAGCUUGAAAGAGGUGACGAAGAACAUCAACUUUUUUUUAUGAACUCACAUUGUCAGCAGCCCGUGGUACCUUAUGGCCGACCAUCUAUAAAAGCUGCAACUAAGAUGGCCAUGUAGGUCGAACAAUGUGUGAAGCCAGUUUCACAGUUGAGGAAACAUGCCAUUGUUCACUGUCAGCCUCCGUCUGAAGGUUGCCGGACGAAAGAGCAAGACUAAGUCUGAAUCUACAAUUGCCUCUUCGAUAGCCAUUAUCGUUGAGAACCCAAAGUGCCGAUAUUAAUUUCGUGUCUAUGGUAACACACGUCAAUGAGGCCACUUACUUUUUAUCAAUGCCGCGAAGAGGUUGUAACAUGAAAGAGGACUGGCAAAACUAGUUUCGAAUGAGAUGUUGCGACAUACGAGCCGUAAGUAUUAACCAAUGAGUCAUCAGUUGAUGUUAAUUAGUCAGUGAUGACACUGUUGUAGGCGAAAGCUAACAGCUUUCGUUUUACGAACUCAAGUUUCUAUUUACACAUCUUCCCGUACUUUUUGCUACAUUAUCGGAGAAAGGGGGCAACAUGGAUAUUUGCCACACUACUUGGUGAUCCUACACCGAAAGUAUCUUUGAUGUGGACCUGCCGCGAAGAAAUGUGUGGGGAACUUAAAGUGCAGUCAUUUAAAAUCUG